CUCUUUAUUGUCGUCAGUACCAUAGGACGGCGCGUCAGAGCAGGGGGCGCGAAAAUAAUGGCGUCUGUCGGGAAAGCUGGGGACCAGUGGCAAGCUGCUCUGAGUAAACAUGCGCUCUUCUCCCGGCUGCGGGAACGGGCGAGGGCAGCAGAAGAAAAAGGAGAAAAUGCGGAGGGGAAGUCCGGCGGUCCGUUGCAGCUCAGGAGCCUGAUAUGCACUGUCGACGGAGAUCUGUUGGUCUGGGAUCAGGAGGAAUGCAGCUUCUGUACCAUCCGACUGAAGAGCCUGGACUCGGACAUGGCAGGGAGCGGAAGAGAACAGAAACUUCUGUGCAUAAACCCUCCUCUUUUUGAUGUUGUGGAGGUCCUACUGAGUCCAACACAGCAUCACAUUGCACUGAUCGGGACCAAAGGCCUGAUGGUAUUGGAGGUUCCCAAGCGCUGGGGGAAAAACUCAGAGUUUGAAGGUGGAGAAAGUACUGUGAACUGCAGGACUAUUCCGGUUGCCGAAAGGAUAUUUGCCAGCUCCACUUCAAUAAUUCUGAAACAAGCGAUUUGGUUCCCCAGUAAGACCGAGGAGCUGUAUUUGAUUUUGCUGACAUCUGAUAAUGCAGUAAGCAUAUACAGUCUUCAAAAUCCUUUGACUCCUGAAAAAGUCAUCAGGCUUUGUAAUGCAGAUAAAGAAGCUACAUUUCCGCAUAGUGGACGAUCUUACAAAGCAUCUCUUGGUGAGACUGCAAUUGCCUGUGAUUUCGGCCCAUUGGUGACACUUUCUAAAGGUUCUGGCAUUUACAGUAAAGAAACCCUAGCUUACCCUCUCUACAUUCUUUAUGAGAAUGGCGAGACCUUCCUGAUGUACAUUGACAUACAGAAGAGUGCCACAAAUGUUGGUAAGCUCUUGGGCCCGCUUUCAAUGCAUCCUGCUGCAGAUGACAACUAUGGCUAUGAUGCCUGUGCUGUGCUCUGUUUACCCUGUGUCCCCAACAUUCUCGUCAUUGCCACAGAAUCAGGGCUACUAUAUCAUUGUGUGGUGCUGGAAGGGGAGGAAGAUGAACAGGCGUCAGAAAAGUCGUGGAACCCCAACAUGGACCUUGUACCAUCCUUGUACGUCUUUGAAUGUGUUGAGCUGGAGCUUGCAUUGAAACUACCUGUAGACAACGAGGAAUCUGUCGUUUCUUACUUCUCUUGUCCGAUUAAACUACACAAAGAUGUUAUAUGCCCGUCUCGUUACCACUGUACUCAUGUGGCCGGCGUUCAUAGUGUGGGGCUGACAUGGCUCAGCAAGUUGGAAACAUUUCUUGACACAGGAGAAGAGGACAAAGACAGCUUGCAAGUACUGGCAGCAGAACAGAAAUGUUUAGUGGAGCAUAUCUUAUGCACCAAACCUCUACCUUGCAGAUUACCAGCUCCUAUUCAAGGCUUUUGGAUCAUACAUGAUGUGUCUCUGGGAACAACUAUGAUAUGCAUUACUAGUGGCUGUGAAUGCAUUACAAGACCACUCUUAGCAACAAUCCGUCCACCAUCUCCCCUCACUCUGGGCUCUCAGCCGUUACCAAAUAUCACGGCAGAUACAAAAAGGCAGUUUGAAAAUCACAUCCAAGACAUUUUGAGACGCAACUCUACGAAUCCUCUGUUAUUAAACUCCUCAAAUAAAGAAAGUUCUCCACCACCUGAUGAAUGUCUUCAGCUACUGACAAGAGCUAUACAAGUGUUUCGGGAAGAAUAUUUACUAAAACAAGAUCUUGCCAGGGAGGAGAUGCAGAGGCGGGUAAAGUUGUUAAUAGCACAGAAAGACAAGCAACUGAAAGAUCUGAAUCACUCUAAAGAAGAGAGGCAGAGUCUUAAAGAAAUGGCAGAACGUCUUGCUGAAAAGUUUGAAGAAGCCAAAGAAAAACAAGAUGAUAUAAUUAACAGACUGAAGAGAGUACUGCACAACUUGCAUGCUCAGCUCCCCGUCGUGUCUGAUGAAGAACGAGAUAUGAGGAAAGAACUGGAAACAACAAGGGAACAGCUUCACCAUCUGGAGAAUGCUAUAAAACAGGUCAAAAUGAAAAAUUCUUAUCAACAGAAGCAGAUAGAAAAAGAGAGAGGCCCUAAAACAUCAAGCUUCACUCUUAGUGACUAUCAGAAAAGGAAUACGCAGUCACUGUUGAAAGAAGAGGGAAAACAUAUUCAAGAAAUGAUGAAACUCAUCAAUGACAUCAGAAACCAUGUGAACUUUUAACAUAACAGCAAUCGAGGGGCACUGGAGUGCGGCCAGCUUCACAAGUGAAUCUGUAAAAUCUGGAGAGUGAAAAAUCAAGUAGAAUUUAUAUAUAAUUCAUUGAGAAGUCUAAUAAGUGAGAUUUGUUUUCAGAAAUGGACUGUUCUUCUGCAAUUAAAACAGUUUGGAUGUAUAUGUAUGCUUUUGGUCACAGAACUUUGUAAGAAAAAAAAAAUGAAUUGAAGUUUUUCAUUCUUGUG